UAUUACUAAGCGUUAUAGAGAUUAGGCUGGUAAAUUUACAAAACACGGUCAAUCAUCGAAAAUAGAUGGUUACGCGGGAUGUAAAUGUUAGACUGAAUAUAGAGGAUAGGAUAAAAGAAAGGUUAUGUUUUAAGAAGCCCACUGUCGCUCAAGCGAAAAGGCUUUCUAUUCCAGCACAUCCUUUCGUUGAACCAUUAGUAAUGUGAACUAUUUAUUUAUGGGGAUAUUUAUGUAUUCUUCAGUCACAGUUACAGGAAUUUCAGGAGUUCAACAAACCUGAAUCAAUACAAAAGAGAGCGCGUGAAUCACUUUUAGCAACUGACUCUCAUGUUUUCCACAAGGAUGAGAAGAUCCGUAGGGUCAUGCCUAUCGACAGAGAACGACCAUCAGUGGGUAUUGUGCCUCAGAGUUCAGAAAUUUCGUUCUUGCCGGAGAAAUUGUCUAACUCAGGACUAGUCGAAGGAGAUGAAAAAGCUAAACCUAGUAGCUUACUUAGGUCUCAUCCAUACAGAACACAUCCAGGUACUUGUUCCGUUUCAGAAGUACUAGAUGAAGUUGCAAGUUAUGAAGGAGAAAAUGAUAUAUUGAAAAUCAUUAAUAUCCUACGUGAAAAUAAACGUAUCAAAUUCUUUUAUUUAACCAAUUCCUUACCAAAACGAUCAACUAAAUAUCAUUUUUAUAAUCUUAAGGUUGUCAGCUUUCAAAAUAUUAAUCGUGAUGAUUAUUAUACAUUAAGCCUAAAUGGUUGUACACAUUUAAUAGCAAAUGAUGAUAUAGAACAUAUUACGUUGGAACAUUUUGAAAAAGAAUAUAAAACAUUUAAACAAAUAUGUCAGAUACCAACAUUUUCAAAAUUUUUUUUAUGGAAAGGUUUUAUAAAAUGGCGUAAAAUUAUAAAUUAUAUAAAAAUGGAACAAAAUAAAAAAUUAUUAAUUAAUAAUUUAUUUAUAUUAAAUUCAUCAUUAAGACCAGCUAUAUUAAAUAUUCAUGAAAUGUGUUAUCGUAUUAAAGAAAUGAAUUUAUGUAAAUUAAAUAAUAAAAAUAAAGAUAAAAUUUAUACAUUAUUAGAAUUUUUAACUAAUCAAAUUCAACAAUUAAAUAAUGUAUGUACAAAACUGUAUGAAUUUCGUGAAUUGAUUAAAGAAAUUAUACGUGGAGCAUGUCGUACAGCAUUAUUAGAAUAUGGUUUUAUACCAGAUGAUUAUUUAAUAAAUAAUGGAGAUAAUAUAGAAAAUUUAAAAACAGAUCCUUUAGUUAUUGGAACAAGCUAUGUUUCUUCAGCUUGUGAUAUGGAAGUAUUAUCAGAUACACCAGAAAAAAUGACUUUUACAGAAAUGGCUACGAAACGUCAAUAUUGUCAACGUUUAACUUGUUUUAUACGUCUUGCAGAUUAUCUUAUUGUUAGUACAUUACAUACAUUAACAGUGAAUUCCAUUAAUACAAUAUUAGAUUGUUUCAAUGAACAUUUACAUAAUACACCAACAUUAAAUGAAAUUGAAGGAUAUAAAAUUGAAGUGGAUGAAUUAGUUGAAGCUCCAUCUAAUGAUUUAAAUAUAAGCUUAAGUAGUACAGAGAAACGUAAAGAGUCUUUUAAAAAACCAGUUCAAAUAAACAUAUCUGGUAAUGAAAUUGAUGAAGAAUUAAAAUUAUCACCACUUUUUAUGUUGGAAAUUAUAUUGGAACCAUCUUGUUUACAAUUAGUUCCUGAUGAAUCUUUAUUUCAUGAUGGAAUUAUGGAAAUUAUUAAUAAAUUUCAAGAACAAAUAUUUAAUAUUAAAAAUUUAACAUCUGAUCCAUAUUUUGACGCCUUUACACGUCCAUUAAUUAAUAAUAAAUUUGAAGAGAAAUUUUGUGGUGAUGGACCACAAUUAAAACAAAUUUUUAUAGAAGAUAUAAAAUUACAAAAAAUUAUUGAAAAUAUUCAAUAUUCAUUAAAUUAUUCAUUUAAAGCUGUUAAUUGUUAUAAACAAACAUUUGAAGAAAUACAAAAAUUCUUUCAAGAAAAUAAUGAAAUCACCAUGGAAACUAUACAAAAUGAAUAUUUAGCAAAGAUUAAUGGAAUGAAUCAUGUAGAACGUCUUAAUGAAACUUUACAAUAUUUUAAACGAAAUCUACUCAAAUAUCAUCGUCAAAUUAAAAUAGCUAAACUUGUACCCAUGACUAAAUCAAUUGGAUUAUUUUUAAUGGAUACUAAAGCAUUACAUACAUGUUUAUUACCAUCACCUAAUAAAUGUUUAAUGAUAUUACAUCAUUUAUUACCAUUAUAUAUACAUAAUGAAAUGAAUAGAUUAAUUAAUGAAACCCAAGAAGCUGAAUAUACAUUAUCAAUGUUACCAUCGAAUACAUUGGAUUAUGUUAAUUAUUUUAUAUUUUUAAAUCAAAUACAAAAUAGAAUUGAACCAAUUGAAAAAGAAGCUGAAGUUAUUAAAGAACUAUAUGAAAUGGUUGAAUCAUUCAUUAUUCCAGUACCACCAGAAGAUUAUGCAAUCUAUCAAACUCUUAUACCAUCUAUUGAUCGAGCUAAAAAUGCUAUGGAUAGAGCACUUGGUGAUCGUGAUGUAUGUGUUGAUAAAUUUUUUGGUUCUUUGGAAAAAGAUGUCAAUGAAUUAAUUCAUGAUAUUAAAGAAGUAAAACAAGCUGUGAAUAACCCGAUACUUUUAGAUGUUACAGCAGAACGUGAAACUAUUCGUUCUGAAUUAUCUAGAUUAAAGAUAAUAACAGAUGAGUUACAAAACAGAGCUACAACCUAUAAAAUGUAUCAUCGAAAAUUUAAAGAUCUUGCACAAGCUUUAACGGGUACAUCAAUUGAAGAUCAAAUACUUGCACGAGCUGGUGUCAAAGCUUCAUCAUUUGUGUCGGAAUCACCACGUUUUGAAGAAUUAGAAGCUAUAGUGAAUGAAAUGAAAUUAAAAUAUUUAUUAUGGAAUUCACUUGAUGAAUGGGAUGAAACAAUUAAAGAAUGGAUGAUAGCUGAUUUUUUCAAAUUAAAUACAGAAGAUUUAACAAAUAUAACUAUGAAAUAUGUAAAAUCAGUAUCAAUAAUGGAAAAAGGUUUACCACCAAAUACUGUAGUACCAUUAUUAAAAGAGAAAGUAGAUGAUAUGAGAGUGAAAUUAACUACUAUUAUGGAUUUACGUAAUCCAUCAUUAAAACCACGUCAUUGGAAAGUAUUAGAAGAAUUAAUCGGUUUUCAAAUGUCUGAAUUGGAAACACCUUUAAGUUUAGGUUAUUUAAAUGAAUUGAAAGCAUUUAACAAAGCUGAACAAAUUCAAGAAAUUUCAGGUCAAGCUAGUUCUGAAUCAAGUUUAGAAAUGUUACUUAAAAAGGUUGAAGAAUCAUGGAAAUCAACUGAAUUUAUUGUUCUACCAUAUAAAGAUAGUAAAGAUGUUUUUAUUAUUGGUGGAACUGAUGAAAUACAACAAUUAUGGGAUGAUUCUAACAUUAAUAUAUCAACAAUUGCUUCAUCACGUCAUGUUGGUCCAAUAAAAAAUCGUGUUGAUGAAUGGCAAACUAUGCUAGAAUUAUUUGGAAGAACCUUGGAUGAAUGGAUGCAAUGUCAAAGAAAUUGGCUUUAUUUAGAAAGUAUAUUUUCAGCACCAGAUAUACAACGUCAAUUACCUAGUGAAUCAAAAAGUUUUAUAUCAGUUGAUAAAUCAUAUAAAGAUAUAAUGCGUAAAAUACAAAAAGUACCAUUAGCUAUGCGUGCUACAAUUCAACCUGGUUUAUAUGAUACAUUACGUAAUAAUAAUCAAUUAUUAGAUCAAAUACAAAAAUGUUUAGAAGCAUAUUUAGAAUCGAAACGUUCAAUAUUUUCACGUUUUUAUUUUUUAUCUAAUGAUGAAUUAUUAGAAAUAUUAGCACAAACACGUAAUCCAUUAGCUGUACAACCUCAUUUAAGAAAAUGUUUUGAUGCUAUUAUCAAGUUAGAAUUUGGUUUAACAUCAGAUUCAAUAAAUAAAGAUGAACCUGUUUAUACAAAUGAUAUAUUAGCUAUGCUUUCACCUGAAGGUGAACGUGUCUCACUUGGCAAGGGUUUAAAGGCUAGAGGUAAUGUUGAAGAUUGGUUAGGUAAAGUUGAAGAAGCAAUGUUUACAAAUCUUCGUAAAUUAAUGAAAAUUGCUAUAAAUGAUUUUGAAAGUUUACAACGUGAAGAAUGGUUAAAAGCACAUGCAAAUCAAAUUGUUUUAACAGUAGAACAAUUAAUGUGGUCACGUGAUAUCACAUUAAUUUUAGAAGAUCCUCUCCUAGAAGAUCGUCUUGAUGGUUUAAAAGAAUAUGAAGAGAAAUGUUAUAAAGGACUUAACAAACUUGCUACUUUAGUUCGUGAAGAAUUACCCAAAUUAUUUCGUUCAUUAUUAUGUGCAUUAAUUACAAUUGAUGUACAUUCACGUGAUAUAGUAACAGAAUUAGUAAAUAAUCAAGUGAAUACAUUAGAUCAUUUUGAUUGGCAACGUCAACUUCGUUAUUAUUGGGAUUUAGAUUUAGAUACAUGUGUUGUGAAAAUGGCUAAUUCAUGUUAUAUAUAUGGUUAUGAAUAUUUAGGUGCAUCACCACGUUUAGUUAUAACACCAUUAACUGAUAGAUGUUAUCUAUGUUUAAUGGGUGCAUUACAAUUAGAUUUAGGCGGUGCACCCGCUGGUCCAGCUGGUACUGGUAAAACGGAGACAACUAAAGAUUUAGCUAAAUCUGUAGCAAAACAAUGCGUUGUUUUCAAUUGUUCCGAUGGAUUAGAUUAUAAAAUGAUGGGUCGUUUCUUUUCUGGUUUAUCUCAAUCUGGGGCAUGGUGUUGUUUUGAUGAAUUCAAUCGUAUUGAUAUUGAAGUAUUGUCUGUUAUUGCUCAACAAUUGAUCACUAUUCGAAAUGCUAAAGCUGCGCGAGUUGCAAGAUUCAUGUUUGAAGGACGUGAAAUUAAAUUAGUGCCAACAUGUGCUGCUUUCAUUACAAUGAAUCCUGGUUAUGCUGGACGUACAGAAUUGCCUGAUAAUUUAAAAUCAUUAUUCCGUCCAAUUUCGAUGAUGGUACCCGAUUACCGUCUUAUAGCUGAAGUUAUACUUUAUUCUGAAGGAUUUGAAUCAUCUAAAACAUUAGCAUUAAAAAUGACACAAAUGUAUAAAUUAUGCAGUGAACAAUUAUCACAACAAGAUCAUUAUGAUUUUGGUAUGAGAGCAUUAAAAUCAGUGCUAGUUAUGGCUGGUUCAUUAAAACGUGAAAACCCGGAUAAACCAGAAGAUGUUGUAUUAAUACGUGCUUUAAGAGAUAGUAAUUUACCAAAAUUUCUUAAACAAGAUUCUAUCUUAUUUACAGCAAUUUUACAAGAUCUUUUCCCUGGUAUUACAUUACCAGAACAUGAUUAUGGACUAUUCCUUGCAGAGAUUGAAACAGUACUACAAGAUAUGAAUUUACAAAUUAUUACAGAACAAGUUUGUAAAGUAAUACAAUUCUAUGAAACUUUACUUGUACGUCAUGGUGUUAUGUUAGUUGGACCAACUGGUGGUGGAAAAACGACAGUUUAUCGUGUUCUAGCUAAAGUUUUAAGUAAUUUACAUGCAGCUGAAUUAAUUGAUAGUAAACCAGAAUAUCAACCAGUAAAAAUGUAUGUUUUAAAUCCAAAAUCUAUAACUAUGGGUGAAUUAUAUGGUGAAGUAAAUAAAUUAACACUUGAAUGGCAUGAUGGAUUAUUAGCUUCUAUUGUUAGGCAAACAUGUGUGGAUCCUACACAAGAUCAUCAAUGGGUUAUAUGUGAUGGUCCAGUUGAUGCAUUAUGGAUUGAAAAUAUGAAUACAGUAUUAGAUGAUAAUAAAAUGUUAUGUUUAGCUAAUUCUGAACGAAUUAAAUUAACUAAUUAUGUUCAUAUGUUAUUUGAAGUACAAGAUUUAGCUGUUGCAUCACCAGCAACUGUAAGUCGUUGUGGUAUGGUUUAUGUGGAUUCAGAAGAUUUAGGUUGGUUACCAUAUGUUAAAACGUGGAUAAAAACAAUUGAAGAAAAAUUAACUCCUUAUGUUACUGAAUAUAUUAUGAAUCUCUUUAUAAAAUAUGUUGAUCCUUUUAUGAAUUUUGUAAUGACCAAAUGUACAACAAUCAUUCCACAAGUACCUAUUGCACGAAUACAAACAAUGUGUAAAUUAUUAGAAGUUCUAUUAACUCAUAAAGGUUAUCCAUUAAUGAAUGAAGAUAAAAAUAAAUUAAAUCCAUUAUUAUCUAUGUCAUUUGUAUUUUCAUUAUUAUGGGGAUUAGCUGGUAAUAUAAUAGAUACAAAUUGGGAUAUAUGUGAUGCAUUUAUACGUAAUUUAUUUGAUGAUUUAGGUGAUGCAAGACUACCUCAACAUUCUGAUUUAUGGUCUUGUUUUGUUGAUAUGGAUACACGUCGUAUGGAUAAUUGGGAUAAAAUGAUUAAUACAUUUAUUUAUAAUAAACAAAUACCAUUUUUUGAUAUGGUUGUACCAACUGUAGAUACAGUCAGAUAUGGAUAUAUGUUAGAUAAAUUAUUAGCUGCAAAUCAAAGUGUACUGUUUACUGGUUUGACUGGAGUUGGAAAAUCAGUCGUGGUCCGUGGAACAUUGAACAAUAUAGCUGAAUCCAAAAAUUAUGUACCGGCUUAUUUAAAUUUCUCUGCUCAAACAACUAGUAAUCGUACACAAGAAAUAAUUGAAAGUAAAUUAGAGAAAAAGAAAAAACAUAUUCUUGGUGCACCAAAAGAUAAACGUGUCAUAUUAUUCGUCGAUGAUUUGAAUAUGCCAAAACAAGAUACAUAUGGAAGUCAACCACCUAUUGAAUUAUUACGACAAUAUCAAGAUUUUCAUGGAUUUUAUGAUAGAGAUAAAUUAGAAUGGAUUAAAAUCAAAGAUAUGACAUUAUGUGCAGCUUGUGGUCCACCAGGUGGUGGAAGAAAUCCAGUAACUCCAAGAUUAAUACGACAUUUUGCAUUAUUUUCUAUACCACCACCAUCAGAAAUUAGUUUAAAGCAAAUAUUUUCUUCAAUUAUUAAUGGUUAUCUACUUGAAUUUCCUCAAGGUGUCCGUAGUGUUGGUGAUUCAAUUGUUAAUGCUGCCGUUGAAAUAUAUACUAGAAUGGCUAAAGAACUAUUACCUACCCCAACUAAAUCUCAUUAUGUAUUCAAUUUAAGAGAUUUAUCAAAAUGUAUUCAAGGAGUUUUACAAGGUGAUUUAAUUGUUAUUCGUAAUAAACAAUCAAUUAGCCGAUUAUUUUAUCAUGAAGCUCAACGAGUAUUUCAUGAUCGAUUAAUUAAUCAAGAAGAUAAAAUGUUUUUCAAUCAAAUUCUAUCAGAAAUGGCAUUGAAAUAUUUCGGUGAAACUAUAGAAACAAAGACAUUUACAAAGCAUCCAAUUUUAUUUGGUGAUUUUCUAAGACCUGGUAUUCCACGAUCUGAACGAUUAUAUGAAGAAAUAACUGAUAUGGAUAAACUUAAAUCAUUAUUAAUGGAUUACUUGGAUGAUUACAAUAUGACAAUGUCAAAGGAUGUGAAACUUGUCUUCUUUGUGGAUGCUAUUGAACAUGUUUGUCGUAUUGCUCGAAUGAUUAGACAAGAUAGAGGAAAUGCUUUAUUAGUUGGUGUCGGUGGUACUGGUAAACAAUCAUUAACUAGAUUAGCAGCUCAUAUAAAUGAUUAUAAAUGCUUUCAAAUUGAAUUAUGUCGUGGCUAUGAUUAUACAUCAUUUCAUGAAGAUUUAAAAAGUCUAUAUUAUUUAACUGGUAUAGAAAAUAAGCCAACAGUAUUCUUAUUUACAGAUAAUCAAAUUAUUAUUGAAGAAUUCCUUGAAGAUAUUAAUAAUAUUUUAAAUUCUGGUGAAUUACCAAAUUUAUUUGAAACAGAUGAAUAUGAACGUUUAAUUAAUGGUUGUCGUUUAGCAGCUAAAGAAUAUGGUAUUGCUGAAGGUAAUCGUGAUGGUAUCUAUGAAUUUUGUAUUAAUCGUAUAAGAAAUAAUCUGCAUAUUGUAUUAUGUAUGUCACCAGUUGGUUCAAAUUUUCGUGUAAGAUGUAGAAUGUUUCCAUCAUUAGUUAAUUGUUGUAAUAUUGAUUGGUUUAUUGAAUGGCCAGAAGAAGCAUUAUAUAGUGUUGCAAAAUAUACAUUUGCACAAUCUGAUUUUGGUUCAAAUGAACUUAAAGAAUCUAUAUCAAAAUUAUCAACCGAUAUUCAUCUAAGUGUUUCAGAAGCAGCUAUACGUUUUUAUAAUGAAUUAAAACGUCAUUAUUAUACUACACCGACAAGUUAUUUAGAACUACUUGGAUUAUAUAUGACAAUGUUGAAUAAACAAAUAAAAGAAUUGACUGAUGGACGAGAUAAAUUUCGUAAUGGUUUAAAUAAAAUUUUAGAAACUAAUGAUUUAAUUGCUAAAAUGGAAAGUGAACUAACUGCAAUGCGUCCAACACUUGAAGUAAAACAACAUGAUACAGAAAAAUUAAUGAUCAAAUUAAGUGAAGAUCAAGAACAGGCUGAUAUUGUUCGUAGUCGAGUUAAAGAAGAUGAAGCAUUAGCUAAACAAAAAGCUGCUGAAAAUCAAAUUAUAGCUGAUGAUGCACAACGGGAUUUAGACGAAGCAAUACCAGCAUUAGAAGCAGCUAAUAAAGCACUUGAUUCAUUAGAUAAAAAUGAUAUAUCUGAAAUUCGUGUAUUUACUAAACCACCACAAUUAGUACAAACUGUUAUGGAAGCUGUUUGUAUUAUGUUUGGACAAAAAGGAGAUUGGGCAACAGCUAAAACGGUAUUAAAUGAUUCCAAUUUUUUAAAAAAAUUAGUUGAAUAUCCAAAAGAUGAGAUCACCGAUGGACAAUUAAAAAAAUUAAAAAAAUUUAUUGAUAAUCCAGAAUUUCAACCAGAAAUUGUUGAAAAAACAAGUAAAGCAUGUAAAUCAAUGUGUAUGUGGGUUAGAGCAUUAGAUUUAUAUGCGCAUAUAUAUCGUACUGUGGAACCUAAAAGAAAACGUUUGGAAGAAGCUAAUGCCGAUUUAGAUAUUGUUAUGCGUAAACUUCAACAGAAACAAUCAGAAUUAUCAAAUGUUGAACAAAAAAUUGCUUCAUUACAACAAGAAUAUGAUCAAUCUGUUAGUGAAAAAAAGAAACUUGAACAUCAUUUAGCUUUAACAUCAGCUAGAUUAAAACGUGCCGGUAAAUUAACCACUGCAUUAGCUGAUGAACAAGAUCGUUGGAAAUCAUCUAUCGAAAAGUAUAAUCUUCAAUUGAAUAAUGUCAUUGGAGAUGUUUUCAUAGCAGCUGCUUGUAUAGCUUAUUAUGGUGCAUUUACAGCUAAUUAUCGUGAAUAUUUAAUGAAACAAUGGAUAGAACAAUGUCAUCAAUUAAAUAUACCAGUUAGUAAAGAAUUAACAUUAUUCAAUGUUCUAGGUGAUUCAUAUGAAGUAAGACAAUGGAAUAUACAAGGUUUACCACCAGAUCAAAUGAGUAUAGAUAAUGCAAUUUUAGUAAAACAUUCAAGAAGAUGGCCAUUAAUGAUUGAUCCACAAGAACAAGCUAAUCGUUGGAUACGUACAAUGGAAUUACAGAAUAAUUUAAAAGUGAUCAAGCUAACAGAUUCGAACUUAUUAAGAAUCAUAGAAAAUUGUAUACGUCUUGGAUUACCAUUAUUAUUAGAAGAUAUUAAUGAAGUAUUAGAUCCUUCAUUAGAAUCUAUAUUAUUAAAACAAAUUUAUCUAUCUGGUGGUCGUUUAUUAAUACGAUUUGGUGAUUCAGAUAUAGAAUAUAAUAAAAAUUUUCGUUUAUAUUUAACUAGUAAAUUAUCUAAUCCACAUUAUUUACCUGAUAUAUCAAUUAAAGUAACUAUUAUUAAUUUUACUGUUACACUGAAUGGUUUAGAAGAUCAAUUAUUAAGUGAUGUAACUGGUAUUGAACGACCAGAAUUAGAAGAACAACGUAAUCAAUUAAUAGUACGAAUUAAUACAGAUAGAAAUCAAUUAAAAGAAACAGAGAAUCGAAUACUAAAAUUACUGUUCGAAUCCGAAGGUAAUAUAUUAGAUAAUGAAGAUUUAAUUAAUACAUUAAAUGAAUCUAAAAUUAAAUCAAGUGAAAUCACUAAACGUUUAACAGAAGCAACAAUAACAGAACAAAAAAUUACAAUAGCACGUUCCAAAUAUUUACCUAUUGCAUCACGUGGUUCUAUGAUGUAUUUUGUCAUUACAAUGUUGGCUGAAAUUGAUCCAAUGUAUCAAUUUUCAUUGAAAUAUUUUAAAAAUUUAUUCAAUACAACUAUACAAAAUAGUCCAAAAGGAUCUACAAUAGAUGAACAUAUAAAAAUGUUACUAUAUUCAAUUACCAUAGCAACAUAUCAUAAUAUUAUACGUAGUUUAUUUGAACAUGAUAAAUUAUUAUUUUCAUUUAUAUUAUGUAUUGAAAUAUUAAAACAAAUGAAUGAUAUUACUUAUAAUGAAUGGUUAUAUUUUUUAUUAAAUUCAUCUAAUUAUAAUGAUAAACAAUUAAAACAACCAAAUCAUACUAAAAAUUGGUUUAAUAUAAAACAAUGGAAUAAUAUUAUUAAUUUAUCAGAAGAAUUUCCAGAACAAUUUAAUACAUUACCUAAUGAUAUAUGUCAAUAUUCAAUUAUUAUUAAUUUUAAUCAAAUAAAUAUUCAAAAAAAAUAUCAAGAUGAAGGUCAACAACAUGAAGAAGGUCAACAUGAAGAAGGUCAACAUCAUGAAGGACAACAACAACAACAAAUGGAUCUUGAAGAAUUAGGUAUUUAUAAAUUGAAUCCUGAAUGUCAUGGAACAUCACCAUCUAUAGAUUAUAAUAAAAAAUUAACAUCUUUUCAAAAAUUAUUAUUAAUUUCCACACUAUAUAAAGAGAAAAUGAUGAAAGUCAUUCGAUAUUUCAUAACAAUUAAUCUUGGUAAAGAGUUUACUGAAAUACCAUCAUCUAUAAGUAAUUUAUCUAAUUUAUAUAAAGAAAUGAAUUCCUAUAUACCAUUAAUAUUUAUAUUAUCACAUGGUUCAGAUCCAAUGAAUCAAUUUCAAAAAUUUAUUAAAGAAUCAUAUUCAAUAGAACAUGUACAUAUUAUAUCAUUAGGACAAGGACAAGGUAUCAUAGCUGAGAAAUUAAUUCAUGAAUCAUGUAAAUCAGGGGAUUGGGUAUUUUUACAGAAUUGUCAUUUAGCCGCUUCAUGGAUGAUUAGAUUAGAAGAAAUAGUAAAACAACUUGCUGAAAAUCCUAAAUCUAUACAUUCAAAUUUUCGUUUAUUUUUAAGUUCAAUGCCAUCAAAAUCAUUUCCAAUUUCUGUAUUACAAAAUUCAAUAAAAGUAACUAAUGAACCACCAAAAGGAUUAAGAGCAAAUCUUAUACGAGCACUUAAUGAUAUCUCAACGGAAUCAUUUGAAACACAUGUUUUAAGAAAUGAUUGGCGUAAAUUAGUUUUUGGCAUUUGUUUCUUUCAUUCAAUUGUAUUGGAAAGAAAAAAAUUUGGACCACUUGGAUGGAAUAUUAAUUAUGAUUUUAAUGAUUCGGAUAGAGAAUGUGCUUUAUUAAAUUUAGAAAUGUUCUGUCAUGAAUCUUAUAUACCAUGGGAUGCUUUAACGUAUAUUACAGCUGAAAUCACAUAUGGUGGACGUGUAACUGAUUUCUGGGAUCAAAGAUGUUUACGUACAAUACUUCAACGUUUCUUUCAUCCAUCUACAUUAAAACCGAAUUAUGUUUAUUCAUCUUCUGGUAUUUAUUAUCCACCAACUAAAGAAACUUUAGCAGAAUAUUUGGAAUAUGUAUCUAGUCUACCAUUUAGUUCAGGACCUGAAUUAUUUGGUAUGCAUGAAAAUGCUAAUUUAGUAUAUCAGCUCCAAGAAACCAAUAAUCUAUUAUCUGUAAUCCUCAAUAUUCAACCCCGUACAUUGAGUACAUUAAAUAAAGGGAAAACAAAUGAUGAAUUAAUUUAUGAACAAUCAGAUUUAAUAUUUAAAAAAUUACCAGAAAAUAUUCAAAUAGAAAAUGCCCGCCCAGAUUUAUUUAAUUUAGAUAAUAAAGGUCGAAUAGAUUCAUUAACUAUUGUACUUACACAAGAAAUUGAUCGAUUCAAUAGGUUAUUAACAAUUAUCAAGAAUUCUUUGAAACAACUUAAAAAAGCAAUUAAAGGAUUUAUUGUUAUGUCAGAAGAUUUAGAAGGUGUAUAUACGGCAAUUUUACAAAAUUCUGUACCAAAUAUUUGGUCAUCUAAAUCAUAUCCAAGUUUAAAACCAUUAGGUAGUUGGAUAAAUGAUUUAGUACUACGUUGUGAUUUUAUUAAUACAUGGAUGAUUAGAGGAAAACCUCUUUCAUUUUGGAUAUCUGGAUUCUAUUUUCCUCAAGGUUUUCUAACUGGGAUUUUACAAAAUUAUGCACGAAAAUAUGAUUAUCCAAUUGAUCAUUUAACAUUUAAGUUUAAUGUUUUACCAUAUUAUCGUAAUCAAGAAGAAAUUUCUAUUGCUACAUCAAAACUACGUCUUGGUGAAAUAUUAGAUAUUGAUAAAAUGAUAGAUAAACCAAAAGAUGGUGUACUUGUACAUGGAUUAUUUAUGGAUGGUUUCAGAUGGGAUGAUAAAACAAUGCAAGUGACUGAUUCUAUACUAGGUGAAAUGUUAUCUAGAAUGCCAAUGAUACAUAUGAAACCAGAAAUGGAUUAUGUACCUGAUUCAAAUGAUUAUAUUGCACCAUUAUAUAAAACUGCAGCCAGAGCUGGUGUAUUAUCAACAACAGGUAUGUCAACAAAUUUCAUAGUUGCUGUCCCCUUGAAAACAAAUAAACCUCAAGCGUAUUGGAUUGAGAUGGGUUCAUGUUUACUAUGUGAAUGUGUGAAUCCCUAAGUGAAACCAUCUUCAAUUUGGCAAAUAUAGGAAUAAUUGAUUACGAUUUUACUUUCUUCGCACUCCAUCUUACAGAAUACAAUAAAUUACAUGACUCAUUGAGUUUCGUUCCAUUCACCGUACAGCAAACCAUACGGAUCAGUUAUAAAAUCACCAACCUAUGUUUGAUGUAUUUAAUCUGAUAUUCCACUUUUAUUUAAUAACUACGUGAAGUUCUAAUAUGAUCCUGUUUAAUGUUAUUUUACUUAUCAUCUUCAAUUAUACAAUAUGAUUAUUUUGCAGAUUCCAUCUGUUCAUACGAUUCAAAUGAACAGUCAACGGUGUUAUGGACUGAUGUCAUGUGUUUAUUUGGUCACCUACAGCUUCCUCCUCAUUUACUGUCAUGUUAGCCAGUAUAAAACAGAGUCAGUCAGCUACAACGUAGGAC